CUCCCGUGCCCUGCAAAAGUAAGGGGAAAAAAACUACAGUAGAUCUGGGCGGCGGAGACGCCGGAGCGGCGACAGCAAGCCGGUAGUAACGGUGAUGAGGCAGAGGCGCCGGUCGCAUUCACGGUACAAAAGGAGAGAGCGGCGGCAUCAAGGUGGUCACGGCAAUCUACCGGGCGGAGGCGGAGCUACCGAUGCUGAGCAGUGGAGUCGGAGGUCUCUGGCAUUGAGAACCCCGGCAGAGUUGACAGACAGCGGUGGCCUUAGUUGUGUGUGUUGAGUGAGGAAGCACGGAAGCUUCGACCUCCAUCGGUGGUUGAUUGGUUGAUUCCAGUAAAUCUACAAGCGGGAGUAAAAAAUUGCACAUCCAGUUGUUUGUUAUCUCCUGAAAUCCACCUUGGAGCUUCAUCCUCGCAAGGUGGUUCUUGUUUUCUUCAUUUGGCGUUUCUGCUGUCAAGCAGUGCUGCUGCUCAAAAGAAUCCAAACAAAUAGUUUGCGUUUCUGCAUAUCACACAAGUAUAUGCGUAGAAAGAAGGAUCUAACUGAAGGAUAUGCAUCCCUCACUUCGGUACAGUCUUCCCCUUUUCUUGUCAUUUUUGAAACCGCUCAAAUUAGUAUUCACUCUCAUUGUUCCCAGCCAUGGCAGAAUAUCCGAGUGCAUCCGGUGUGCUGAUUGCUGGAAUAUUCAUGGGACGUGUGCUGAUUCUUCCGGAAUAUGCAGGAUUCAACCUUGGUGUUGGCGAUCAAUGGUUGAUAAAACCACGCGUCCGGUGUCAGUAUGCAUUGAAGCUCAUACAGGCUUGGAAGGCAUGGCAGAGGCCAUUGUGGGCUCGCUGAUCCUUAAGCUUGGGGAUGCGCUAGUGAAUGAGGUCGUAGAGCUUGCAGGGUCCUUGUUCGGACUUGAGGGAUAUGCUCUGAAGGGCCUAUUCUCCGAGAUUCAGCAGGUCAAGAGUGAGCUGGAGAGUAUUCAGGCUUUCUUGCACGCUGCCGAGAGCUUCAGGGACACUGAUGAGACCACUGCUGCAUUUGUUAGGCAAAUCAGGAUUCUUUCCUUCAAUAUUGAAGAUGUGGUCGAUGAGUUCACCUACGAGUUGGCGGACGAUGGUAGAGGUAUGCUUCUCUUUAAGGCAAUCAGGAGAGUGAGGCAAAUCAAGAUAUGGUACCGGUUGGCAGGCCGUCUCCGAGAUAUCAAGGCCGAUCUCAGGAGUGCUGCUGAAAGAAGGGGAAGAUAUGAUCUGAAGGGCAUUCAGAGAGAUGCAAGGCUGCCAGGAAGAAAUGGCUCAAAUUGGAGUUGUUUAAGAUACACUUCCUUUGAAGCAGAGGAUGAUCCUGUGGGGAUUGAGGAGGAAAAGAAAUUCUUAAUGAAAUGGGUCCAAGAUAAGGAUCGGCGAAACUUGAUUGCGGCUGUGUGGGGGAUGGGUGGCAUAGGCAAGACAACACUUGCUCAUCAUGUUUAUAGUUCUGUCAAGGAUAAGUUUGACAUUUGUGCUUGGGUUACAGUAUCACAAAGCUCUGAAGCUGAUGAUCUGCUGAGGAAAAUAGUUGAGGAGUUCCGCAAGAAUGAUCGGAAAAAGAAGUUUCCAAAGGAUGUUGAUGUAACAGACUGUAGAAGCCUAGUGAAGGCGAUCUGCUGUUACCUCGAGCACAAAAGGUACAUCCUUGUUCUGGACGAUGUGUGGAAUGUGAAUGUGUGGUUUGAUUGCAGAGAUGCUUUUCUUCAUGGCAAGGGUCGGAUACUAUUUACAUCAAGGAUUUAUGAGGUAGCAUCACUGGCAUCAGAAUCAAACAUAAUAAAUUUGCAACCACUCGGAGAAGAUGAUGCAAUGGAUCUAUUCUGUAGAGAGGCAUUUCAAAAGGAAGAUAAGAGGAUUUGCCCACCAGAGUUAUCAGAUUCGGCGGGCAUGUUUGUAACGAAUUGCAAUGGCUUGCCAAUUGCUAUCAAAUGCAUUGGGAGAUUGUUAUCACUCCGAAGCACAUGUUUCUCUGAGUGGGAGAAAGUGUACAAUAUGAAAAAGCAGCUCACCGACAACCCCGUCAUGGAUAUGCAUGUAAUCCUGAAGGUUAGUUUGGAAGAUCUGCCACAUAGUGUUAGAAGUUGUUUUCUGUACUGUUGCAUGUUCCCAGAGAAAUAUGUGAUGCAGAGAAAAUCUCUAGUAAGACUUUGGGUUGCAGAAGGGUUUGUUGAAGAGAGUGAACAUAAGACACUCGAGGAGGUGGCUGAGGAUUAUCUGACCGAACUGAUCCACCGGUGUCUAUUGUUGGUAGUCAAGAGGAAUGACUCUGGAUGUGUAUAUGAAGUUCAAAUGCAUGACAUCUUUCGUGUUUUAGCUCGUUCCAAGGCACGUGAAGAGAACUUUUGCGGUGUCUAUAACCCCUUGAAAAUUCAUGCCAUCAGAGAAGCACGGCGUGUAUCAACUGAAACAGGGGAUAUUGCUCUGCUGGCACAGAAUGCUCCGCAUCUCCGUUCAUUGCUUGUCUUUGACAGUUCAUUUAGCUUCAUUUCUCUCCGUUCACUAGCAAUGAGCAACAGGUUGUUAUCUGUUCUGAACCUGCAAGAUAGUUCAAUUAAGAGGCUACCAGCAGAGGUGUUUGGCUUGCAUAAUCUGCGGUUUCUCGGCCUUUGGCGAACAAAAGUCUCGAGUCUUCCAGGAUCCAUCGGAAGACUAAAGAAUUUGCUGGUGUUGGAUGCCUGGAAGUGUGAAAUAACAAAGCUACCAUUGCAAGUUAUGAAGCUCAGUAAGUUGACACAUCUUAUUGUGACUUCCAAGCAUGUUGGACCAUCAUUGCAGUUUGUUCCUUCUGUUGGUGUACCAGCUCCUGCUGGUAUAUGCUCUUUGACUAGCUUGCAGACACUUCUACAGAUGGAAGCUAGUGCUGAAAUGGUCCGUUCCAUGGGUGCUCUCGUGGAGUUAAGAACAUUCCGUAUCAGCAAGUUGCAAGGCUCCCAUUGUGAAGAUCUGUUCAAUGGUAUUGGCAGAAUGAUUCAUCUUACCCGUCUCGGAAUCCAGGCAGAUAAUCAGGAAAUUUUGCUGCUCAGAACAUUUCAGCCACCUCCCUUACUUCAGAAGCUUUUCUUGCUAGGGGCACUAUCUAAGGAAUCCCUGCCUAAUUUUCUCACAGAGGUUCGUAAACUGAAGAACCUCAAAUUUCUGAGGCUUGUUGGCUCACGGCUUAACAAAGAUGCAUUUUUGUAUCUUAAGGGAUUGGAGCAUCUAGUUAAGCUUCAACUUUAUGAUGCGUAUGCUGGUGAUAAGUUGUUCUUUCCCGCAGCAUCAUUUCCGAAGCUCAGGGUACUGAAAAUACGGGGUGGACCAUAUCUCGAUGAAAUAGAGAUAGAAAGAGGCGCCAUGGCGAGCUUAGUUGAUCUUAAGCUCCUGCUCUGCCCACAGCUGAAGAUGCUGCCAGAUGGUAUUGAACAUGUGAGGACUCUUGAAGAACUGACUUUGGACGUGGCAGAAGAACUAGUGGAUAGGGUUUGGCAGAAGAAAGAGAGGAAGAUUUUGCAUAUCCAGCGAGUUUAUGUUGGGCCUCAGAGCUUACCGGUAUUAUAAUUUCCUAUUCCAAUGUAGACAUGAGCUGAAGAUUUUUUCCCCUUUCUGUAGCCUAAUCCUGUGUAACUCCAACUUCAUGUGCCCAUCUAUUUCUUCUUGUACUAUCUUCUCGAUCACCCAGAUCAUCGUUUUUCUUGUUCUAUCCAGUGUGAGCUUGCUCUUAUAUAAUGCACAGCUAAAUUUGUUUCAAGCAUCAAUUUCUGGAUUAUUUUUCUGCUCGUGGAUGUUUUUUCAGCGAACAGUCAUUCCUAUGUUUCUUGUUUUUUGGUGUCGUUGUUAGAUGAACAACAAGAAGGAGAACAAGAACAAGAACAGAGGUAACCUUCUGACAUAGCGCUUACCGGCAGUGUGACAGUAUUUUAGCGAUGAACUUUUUUAGAUGUA